AUGUCCGGUCGUCAAGGUGGAAAGGCUAAGCCUCUUAAGGCCCCCAAGAAGGCUGUCAAGGAGCUCGACGAGGACGACAUUGCCUACCAGCGUGAGUAUCAGAUGGAAGACAGUCCGAGAGGAAGCGUAGCAAGGCGGAAAACGGUGCCUUCCUUCAGGAUGGCUUUGGCCACCAAGGCGUGGUCUGGGGUGACGGCGUCGGGAGGCUUGGCACGGUUGUCACCGGACAUCAAGAAGCUCAAGAAGGAGCAGGCUGAGCUUAAGGCUCUUGCUGCCAAGGCUGCCGGCAAGGGUCCCAUGAGCGGUGGUGGCAUCAAGAAGUAA